GAAAAACACGUUUAGGAAAGGAACCCAAACGCGCCUUUAAUUAGCCAUUUCCUUAGAUCCUGAACCUGAAACCAAACCCAUAUAAAGCUUCCAAUUUUGCAAACAAACUGCCUUUUUGCUUAUUCUCUCUCAUCUUACCUUCAUCCUCACUCAAACCUGCUCAAUUUGGGUGGUGAGAUCCCUAGCUAGGUCCGCAUUUCAAUCAAGCACAGAGUUCGAAGCCAUUCCGACUGAUUUUCUCUAUUAUUGAAGCUAAGUGUGGCUUACGAUACCAUAAAUUUUCUGUUUACAUCUAUGUUUGGGGGACUAUUAUCAACUCCGACUAAUAGUCCCCAUUUGAGGAAGUCCGGAAGCAAGCCUGUUGUCUCUGAUCUCGGUGACGAGUUUGGAGAUGCUGUUGAGGAUGGUCUCUUGCAUUCAGCGGAGGCAAAUGAUUUGAAGAGUACAAGUAUGCCAAUGGUUACCAUUGCAAAAAUGCCUUCUCCAAUAUUGUUAUGGAGAUUCAAGGUAUUGCUGUUCUUAAUCUGGUCUUUCACUUGCUGUAAGUUUGGAUGGGAUUCUGUAAUGAGAAUGAGUGUGGACUUGCGGGACCUUUUCUUAUACGAGGCAUUUCUUUAUUAUAAUCCUCUUCUUCUUGUGACAAUGAUGGUUUGGCUGUGGGGGGUUAAUUUGUGGGUUUUUUCCCAGUCCACCGUCAAUUAUGCAAAAAUUUUUGAUCUGGACCAAAAUCAUCUUACUCACAGAGAGAUAUGGAAGGUAAAAUACAUAUAUGUUAAUGCUUUAAAGUUCUUUGUAAUAUAUAAGUCAAGAGUUGAUCCGUUUAGAAGUGUUUCAUUGAGAUGUUUACCUGAAGAUAAAAGGGAAUGGAGGCAAAUUAGUCUUAGGUGUAUGCAUCCAACAGAAGCUGAGCCCUGCUUAGUUCAAGUAUCUUUUGAUGAUUUUACUAGUUUCAAAAUCAUUAAGACUUUAUGUUUUAUACUGCAGGUGCUGCUAUAUUGUGCUGCUAUGAUGAUUUUGAUAUUCCCUUUUGAUAUUUUCUAUUUUUCUUCUCGUUACUACUUGCUAAGGACUCUUUGGCGCAUAGUUCUGCCCCUGCAGGCGAUUUCGUUUUCCGACUUCUUCUUGGCUGAUAUCUUGACCUCCAUGGCAAAGGUGUUCUCAGAUUUGGAACGUUCAGUUUGUCGAAUGGUCCAUCGGCAGAUUCAGGUCAAGUCUGUCAUAACACAGAAAAUCUCUAAGCACUUCUAUGUUUUUGUUGCUGCCAAAGUGUACUGUCUAAUAAAAUUACAAUUUUUAAAUGUUGCCAGUAACUUUACUCGGAUUUUCAAGUUCAGCAAACCAAGUCUCUUCUCGCAUCUUUUCUAUGGACGCAAAUGGGUUUAUUUCUUGGUCAUAGGAAGCAAUCUGAUUCUGCGUUGUACAUGGACAUAUAAGCUAUCUGCCCAUCUCCGCCAUAACUACCUCACUGUGUUUGCCAUCACUGCCUUGGAGAUGCUCCGGCGCUUCCAGUGGGUUUUUUUCCGAGUAGAAAAUGAGUGGAACAAGAUUAACUCCAGGUCAAGUGUUCAGCUUCACGACAUUGCAGAUGAGGAAGACAAAUUACUUGUUUCAAAUGAGCACACUGUAUAAAUUUUUUACCCAGAUGGCUAUUUUGGCAGACUCAGCAGAGGCUAAGGGCAAUAGCCAUCUUCUUUUUCCUUUUCCUCAGAGAAAAACGGUUUUGAACAUUGCAUUUUUGGUUUACAAUGAACAUGAUCAUAUUAAAUUCUUUUGUUCAUAAAAAAGAACAUAGCUUGGUGAUUAA